GCUGGUCACGAGUUGCUUUUGGUUGCAUGCUGUGAGGUGUCUGCGUUCUCUUGCGUUUCGUUGCGUUGGUUCAGCUGUUGGAGAUUUCUUCAGUGUAAUAGGAGUGGAUUUUAUAAUCAUGAUUCUUAAGAUAGUACUGUCCGUUGUUUUUGCCUGUCUGUUUGCCUUUCAAAGUGGUGCAGGUGAUGUGGUACCUCCAGAGGAACCAACUGUUAGAACCAGCACCACCACCCCCACCAAUAUCACCACCACCCCCACCCCCCCACCACUGCCACCACCCCCACCAAGAUCACAACAACUACUCAGAAACCAACCCCAAGUCCAACACCAAAGCCAGAUGUUGGCAAGUGGAAUGUAACUGACUCUGAACGGAACGUAACUUGCAUCUUGGCUGAAUUGGCUAUCCAACUUAAUGUGACAUAUAUUACUGUGGACAAUCAGACAAGGUUUGGUAUUUUGGAUGUUCCCAAGAAUUCAUCUGCAUCAGGGUUUUGUGGGAAUGAUUCUCAAGUGUUGAACCUUACAUGGCUUAACAGUGAUAAAGCAAAUAAUGUCUUGACCAUCGAAUUUGAAAAGAACAGCUCAAAUAGCCGUUUCAUGGUUGGAAGAAUCAACUUGACUCUUACUCCAAGUGAAGAAACGUUUCCAUCCAUUAAAGACAAGAAUGUUAUCAGCGUGUACAAUAAUAAGACUGAGUUUUCAACUCCUCUGAGUAAAUCUUACCGGUGUGCAAAGGAACAGUCAUUCAAUCUUGCUCAGAAUGGAAUUAAUGAGACAGUUGGUACUAUUGAACUAAGCCAUGUUCAACUGGAAGCUUUCCAUUUGAAGAUGGAUGAUUUGUUUGGUGCAGCUGAAGAUUGUGAAGGAGUUAGCAGUCCAGAUAUAGUUCCAAUUGCCGUUGGUUGUGCUCUUGUCGGUCUUGUGGCGAUUGUCUUGAUCGCAUAUUUGGUGGGCCGACGCCGCUCUCAGGCCCGCGGUUACCUCAGCAUGUGAGUGAAAUAGGGUGAUGAACGAGAGAAACAAAAAGGAGGAGGAGGAGGCGGACUGAAAGCUAUUACAUAUAACCUGCUGCUCAUUGUUUAAGUGCUCAGUGAAUGAGGCAGUAAAAGAUAGGUUAUUGACACAUUUAAAAUAUAUACCAUAGGCUAUAAAUAUUUUACUGGAAAAUUAUGGCAGUAGUUAAUAGUCUCAUUUUGGGAUUCCUUAUUUUCAAACUUAGACUCACAAUAUAAUUUUUACAUUCAGUGUUUUCUUUCUGUAUCUGUUUGUAACAUGUUUAAUCACAUGUUUGAGCCAGUUGUCUAGUCACUUAAAAGCUGACAUUUAAGUAGGUGCAAUUUUGAUUUAAAAUUUGAGGGAAAUGUGAUGGAAGAAACCUCUGUAUGUACCUGUCGUGACUGUGUCAACUUCCUGGUGCAGUGAGAACAACAGGUACUGUAAUAAUGUUUGUUGGUAAACUGUGAGUUUGUUGCAUCUGGUACUAGCUCAGAUCUGUGAUUCAGGUGCUUUUCUUAGCUUGUAAUUAUAGUAUAUAAAAAUUUCAAAAACAAGUUUCAUGCUUCAGUACCUAAUAAAGUGAGACUUCUUCAAGGCUUCUUUGCUAUUUCAGAGUUGAUUUUAUUCAAAGAAAUUAGUGACAUUGUAAUUGUUGCUUAAACAUAAUAUGCUUUUUGUGAUUUCUGUUGCAUUGUUUCAAUAUGUCCUUUUCUUUUAGAAUAAUUGGUGAAAGGUAUGUAUGCGCUAUUUGAUAAUAAGAGAUGGUUCUAGUCCUUUGCCUCCUUCCUUCCAUUCAUUAAUUGUGGAACGUUGACUAAGGAAAAUACGAACUGUAAUUGCUGAAAACCAUGACAGUUGCGUACUUGAUUACCUAAAAUGAAGGACAAGAAUCAUCUUUUGGAGCAACUUCAUUAGCUUGUUUUUUGUGAGGGAUAUCGUACUAGUGCUUUAACAUAGAAGAGUGGACCGCAUUUGGUGAAUGAUUUGUCAGAUUUCCUUCGCUCGAAUGUUAUUUUUUCAUUUUACAUAUGGUAUUGAAGCAGAAUGUAUUGGAAUUGUUGGUGUAAAUUUGUUUUUCAGGGGAGUAAGGACCCUUGCCCUGCAUUGACAUUAUAUAAACUUGACCCUCUUUGUACAGGAUGUACUAUUUCAGAAUAAAUUCUUUUAUGCGGUU